AUGGCUGUAAAGAGCGACAAGAAAGUAAUGGUGCUGCAUCUCAGCAACAAUUACCCACAUGACCCUUUCCUAAUAAGACUGAUCCCAACGCACAGGCUUGCCACUGAUUGGGCAGUGGAGACUAUCAGUGGACUUCCAAGUACUGUCGCUAUUGUUUCAGAGAGGGAGGGUGCAGGCAGUGUGAAAGUGUGUGUGCGGGGAAAGUGUUUCUCACCCAAGUGGUUUGGCUUCAAAAAGCUAUUCAAUAAGGACUGGGUGUGGUUUAGAGUAUUUGUGGGGUCUAAGCAGAAUCAUGUUACAGUGGAAGGUGACGCCCAGAUGGCAGUGUACGUCUAUGGUGGGAAAGCCGGGCAUUCAUAUGGAACUGCUGGAAUUUGUUCUGAAGGUGCCCCUCCACCUCCACCGCCCAAGGAUCCCUGUGAAGAAGUGAAAUGUCGAGAAAAGGAACGUUGUGUGAAUGGUGCAUGUGUCCAUGUUUCUACAGCAACUUGCCGUGCGGUUGGUGACCCCCACUACUUGACAUUUGAUGGUCAGCGCUAUAACUUCCAGGUUAAUGGAGAACUCCAGUACUUGCCUAUCAGCCUGUUGGGAGGCCUGGUAAAAGUAAAGCGGAGAGGAAUCUAUGCAGUUGUCAGCACUGACUUUGGCCUGAUUGUAAAAUACGAUUGGAACAUGAGGCUGUACAUCAAAGUGCCAUCCUCCUACUACAAACACAUGGGUGGCCUCUGUGGAAACUACAAUGGAGACAAGAAGGAUGACCUGCCUGGAGGCUCCGGUUCCAAUGCUGUGUUGAAGAUGAUCAAGCAGUGGAAGGUGAAAGAUUCUGAUAGAUUCUGUCAUGAUAACUGUGCUGGUCGCUGUCCACAGUGUUCAUCAAAGGAGCAGGCCCACUACAGCCAACCUAAAUUAUGUGGGAUUCUGACAAAGACAGAUGGACCAUUUUCAGCCUGUCACAAAGAUGUUGAACCAACAUUGUUUCUGGACAAUUGUGUCUAUGAUGUCUGUGUCAACAAAGGUGCAAAACAGGUUUUCUGUGAUAACUUGAAGAGUUAUGGAGAUACCUGUCUGUCAGAAGGAGUCAAAGUCAGCCCACAGUGGAGAAUGGUUGCCAAUUGUCCCCUUUUGUGUCCAAAAGGUAGCCACUAUGAGGCAUGUGGCUCAGCCUGCCCGGCCUCCUGUGUGUCCCCGAACAGUGAGAAGCAAUGCAAAGCCGCCUGUGUGGAGGGGUGCCAGUGCAAUGGAGGACUGGUGCUUAGUGGAAACAGAUGUGUUCCCAAGUCCAGCUGUGGAUGUCAGUAUCAGGGCAAAUAUUACCCAUCAGGCACCACUUUUUGGGGUGACAACACUUGCACCACCAGGUGUAAAUGCCGUAAUGGGAAAGCCAAGUGUGCUUCAUCUACUUGUAAGAAGAAUGAGCGCUGUUUCUUGAAGGGGGGUGUGAGGGACUGCUACCCAACAUCCUAUGCGACAUGCCAGGCCUCUGGUGACCCCCACUACCGAACCUUUGACAAACGCCGGUUCGAUUUCCAGGGGACUUGUACCUAUAUUCUGUCCCAACUCACCAAGGGAUCAGACCAGGAUCUGGUCCCAUUUCAGGUGCUGGUCCAAAAUGAGAACAGGGGUCGUAAAAAGACUGUGUCCUACACCAAGUCUGUGUCACUUCAUGUGUUUGGUAAUUUGACCAUCAGCAUGAGUCGUGCCAGCCCAAGGAAAAUACUGGUAAACAGUAGGUCGGUGAAUCUGCCUUAUUCAAUGGAGGAUGGCAAGCUUUCCAUGUUCCGACGUGGCUACUUUGGCAUCGUGACAACACAUUUUGGUUUGACGCUCAGGUUCAACUGGAACAGCCACGUCAGCUUGAAUUUGCCCAGUUCAUACUCCACUGCAACAUCUGGCUUGUGUGGAAAUUAUAAUGGGAAACGUGAUGAUGACUUACUGAAACCUGAUGGCACCCAGGCGGAAAACAUUCAUGUCUUUGGAGACAGCUGGAAGACAGGAGAAGACCCUGGAUGCACUAAUGACUGUCCCGGUGGUAAAUGUCCUGAGUGCAAGCCUGCUCUGCUGUCACGUUACAAACAGAAGCGCUACUGUGGUGUCAUAGCUAACAAGAAAGGGCCCUUCAGACAGUGUCACAGUAAACUGGACCACACGCCCUAUCUCACAGACUGUGUUUUUGAUCUGUGUAUGUACCAAGGCCAUACAUCCGCCCUUUGCAACAGCCUAAUAGCUUUCAGCACUGCUUGUCAAGAUGUGGGAGCUGAAGUGGAGAGUUGGCGAACUGAGCAGUUUUGUCCUCCAUUGUGCGGUCAAAACAGUCAUUAUGAGUUGUGCGCCGCCCCCUGCCAGCUGACCUGCAGUGGUCUUGUGGCCCCUGAGGGCUGUGACGAAAGCACGCCCUGCACCGAAGGCUGUGUGUGUGACGACGGCUUCAUGCUGAGUCAUGAUAAGUGUGUACCUCUGGCAGAGUGUGGCUGUCAGUACGAAGGAGAGUAUUAUCAAAAUAGACAGGUGUUUUAUCCAGGAGAGUCGUGUAACACUCGUUGUGUCUGUUCAGACAGUGGAGAAGUAGAGUGUAAUCCUAAAUUCCAGUGUUCAGUCAAUGAGAAGUGUGUUGUGAAAGACGGUUCUGCUUCCUGUUAUCCCAGUGAUAUUGGUUCCUGUUCUGUGAGUGGAGUCAGAACAGUCAGGUCAUUUGAUGGACAGGCAUAUCCUCUGUGGGGAAACUGUCUGUUCAAGUUAUCAGAGGUGGAGGAGACGCAAGAAGGGAAGACAGCCUUCUCUGUGUUGGUACAGCAGCAAACCAAUAAGGAUGGCAGUGUCAGUCGUAGUGUGGAGUUCCGAGUUUACGAUAUUAAAAUCACAAUGGAGACUGGGGUUACAUGGGCAGUCCAGGUAAAUGACAUCAGAUUUUCCCUUCCUGUGUCAUUGGUUGACGGAAAAGUGCGAGUUCAUCAAAAUGGCAUCAGCAUCGUCAUUGACACCGACUUUGAUCUGAGGCUGACCUAUGACUGUAUGGCAGGCGUAUUAUUGCAAAUCCCAUCCACCUAUCACAGCUUACCACGUGGUCUCUGUGGAAACUAUAAUGGCAAAGAUUUCGAUGACCUGGGAUCAGCCAAAAAUAAGCUGGCAGCUUGGGUAGAGCAGAGGGACAAAACAAAGUGUGAGACAGACUGUGGUGCCAGUUCUUGCCCUGAUCCUGACAAAACGAAGGUCCCACAAGCCAAAAAGGCCUGUAACAUCAUUAAAGACAAGAAGGGUCCAUUUGCAGGGUGCCAUUCCACUGUGUCCCCAACUCCCAACUAUGAAGCUUGUGUCAGGGAGAUGUCCACAAGUGAAGGAGGCAUGCAGAUCCUGUGUCGUCACAUCCAGAGCUAUGUCACUACCUGUCAACUAGCUGGCACAAAGAUAAGCCAAUGGAGGAAAAAAGAUUUCUGUCCUGUGACGUGUCCAUCAGGAAGUCACUAUGAGCUGUGCUCUUCUUACUGCUCCUCCACCUGCUUCUCUCUGGAGCAGACAGAGCCCUGCCUAGUCUGCCAGGAGGGCUGCCAGUGUGACGAGGGCCUCAUGUCUGAUGGAGUCCGCUGUGUUCCUGUGGAGGAAUGUGGCUGUGUAGUGGAAGGCCAAUAUUAUGAGUCAAAGACAUCAGUUUUACUGGAGGACUGUUCAGAGCUCUGUUCCUGUCAGUCUGGACAAUUCAGCUGUAACUCCACAAGGUGCCAAGAGGGAAAGGAGUGUCGCAACAUGAAUGGAACAUUAAAUUGCUACCCCACAGACCCCUGUGCUGUGAAUAAGUGCAGGGUGAAGGAGCACUGUGAAGUGUCAGAAGGCCAAGCAAUGUGUGUGCCUGAUUCUAAGGCCUCAUGCACGGCCUUCGGUGACCCACACUACAUCACAUUUGAUGGAUGGAGAUAUUCAUUCCAGGGAACCUGCACCUACGUCCUCGUCAACACUACAGGUCUCGAUCCAUCCCUGCCAGACGUAACUGUGACCACCAAGAACGAGCUGCAUGGGAACUCUCCAGGCUCCUUUGUGCGUUUACUCACUGUGGAGAUGCUGGGCCACAUUAUAUCCAUCCCAAAUAAUAACAAAGACAACAUGCUGGUGGACGGCAUCAAGACAGAACUUCCUGUUCUUCUUGAAGAUGGCAGAAUCUCCAUAAUACAGUCUGGAUUCAAAGGAAUAAUUCAGAGUGACAUUGGUGUUGAAGUCACUUUUGAUUGGUCCACAUUUAUCAUGGUAUCCAUCAGCAGCAGUUAUUAUGGUAACGUUGUUGGGCUCUGUGGAAACUAUAACGGCAACAAGGAGGAUGAGCUGAUGGGGGCCGAAGGCAUGGCUGUUAAUGUGACUGACUGGGCCCGGACAUGGAGCGUCGCUGAUGGUGACCCAUUCUGUUACCAUUAUUGUGAAGGGGUGUGUCGUCACUGCUCUGAGAAGGACCGUGUCAGGUUUGCUGGUCCAGAGUACUGCGGCAUUCUGAGCAAUAAGCAGGGGCCCUUCUCUGGCUGUCACGAUAAAGUGCCAGUAGCAGAGUUUGUGUCCGACUGUUUGUAUGACGUCUGUGUCAGUAAAGGAGGACCUGAAGCGUUGUGUAAUGCCUUGAGCAGUUACGUCACAAAGUGCGAGGAAGCUGGAGCAUCCAUUAAGCAGUGGAGACAACUGACCAAAUGUUCUGUUGAAUGUCCGACCCACAGCCACUACGAUGUGUGCGGUUCAGCCUGUCCAGCCAGCUGUGGUUCUCAGCCACUGGUGUGCACCAAGCAAUGUGUGGAAGGCUGCGUCUGUGACCAGGGAUAUGUCCUUAGUGGAACGAAGUGUGUUCGCAAGGAGGAGUGUGGCUGUAACCAUAAGGACAAGUACUACCUGCCAGGGACGGUGUUCUGGGCUGACUCACAGUGUGAGGAGAAAUGUGUGUGUGAUGCAGCAACACAAAAGGUGCAAUGUAAACAGACUAAGUGUCAAUCCGGGGAGAAAUGCAGUGUUGUGAACGGAGUCCAAGACUGUUACCCAGUCAGCUUUGAAACUUGUACCGCGCGUGGAGAUCGACACUUCGUCACCUUCGAUGGACGCACUUUUGAUUUCCAGGGCAACUGUGUCUUCAAGCUAGCAAGUGUGUGUGGAGAGACUAAAGGUCUGCAGCACUUUGAGGUCAGCCUGGAGAACAACAACCGUGGCAACAAAAAAGAGCAGUAUGCUAAAGUGGUGACUGUCAAAGUCUAUGGUGUCACAUACAGACUGGAUCACUCAGGUGUACUACUGGUGGACGGGGUUAAACAGUCCUUACCAUUCUCACUCAAUCAAUCGCUGAUCCAAGUUUAUCGCAGACACAGACAUGCUGUCAUUGAGACACGCUUUCUUAAGGUCUCCUUUGACUUUGCGAGUGCAGUGAGGGUGGAGCUGGCUGGCAGUUAUCGCGGUUCAACUUGUGGUCUUUGCGGAAACUUCAACAAUGACCCUGCUGAUGACCUGAUGCUGCCCAAUGGGAAAUUGGCUAACAACGCCAAAGAGUUUGGAGUGAGCCAAUGGCUGGCCAACGUGAAAGGCUGCUCUCAUGACUGUAAAAACUGUGCUCCGCCCCUUCCCACUGACUUCAAACCACCUCGCUACACAUCAGUCUGCAAUGUGAUAACAGCUAAGGAUGGGCCCCUGGUGGACUGUGUAGGCCGCGUAGAUUCCAAGCAGUUCCAUGACGACUGCAUUUAUGACAUGGUGCGUAGUGAUGGGAAAAAGGAGUCACCAUGUGACAUCAUCAGUGACUAUGCGGAGGAGUGUCAGAGAAAAGGCGGCUCUGUGAAGCAAUGGAGGAAGAAGAAGCUGUGUUGGAUGCAGUGUCCACCCAAAAGCAAGUACAAUGUCAUGGCUCCUGGCUGUCCACUCAGCUGCCCCUCUCUGUCUUCUCCAAAAGAGUGUAAAGCAACACCCAGUGAGGGUUGUGUGUGUAACACUGGUUUGUUGCUCAGUCAGGACGGCUGUGUGCCACUCGCUAAGUGCGGCUGCCUAUCCAAUGGUCAGUACCUUGAAUCUGGACAAGGAUUCUAUGAAGACUCUGACUGUGAGCGCUACUGUGAGUGUCGUGGUGGGGUGAUUUCCUGUAAAAACAAACCCUGCAAAAAGAAGGAAAGAUGUGGAGUGAAGAAGGGAGUGAGGAGCUGCAUCAAGCGCUGAUCCAUUAUGAUGAAAAAGGACAGAACCGGCACAAACACAUGUAUCGUCUGAAUUCCUUUUCACCAGCAAUGUUCUGUUUAUUGUGUAUGCAAUCAAUUCUAAUCAGAUGUUCUUCUGUGGUGACUGUCCAUUUGCAAUUAAAGUGAAAUUUAGUUUGAAUCAUAAAUCAAAAGUAAUUUACUCCAGGUUUGCUAAAGGUACCCUAUGUUACACUAUAAUGAAUACUGGGUGUUGCUGUUACUGCAAGGUAGAUUAAUGAGAAGUUACAAAAUAAAGCAGCCUUAUAGCCUGUCAUAUUUUAGUAGGUACACAGAGACUUUCAUUUGCGUGGAACUUUUAGAAGCUGUACAGCAUGAUUAUGUACUGACUUUAUUUAAAACAGACUAAAUAACUAAACACCUUUCUUCUUUUUCUCUCACAUAUGCAGUAAACUGUACAAUGCAUUUCAGUUUUGGCUAAUGUGGGUUCUGUUGUGUCUGUGAUUGAUGCACAUAUCUAUUUGUUGUACAAUUUCACUGACAUUAUAAUAAUAAUAUGAAUUAUUUUUUAUAUUGCAGUUCUACAAAAGUUACAAAGCGCUUCGCAAAUAAAAGCUGCACAAGUAAAAAGACAAAAUAAACAAAUAAAACCUAUAAUAAAAACAAUAAGGUAAAAUCAGGGAACGCAAUACUAUGAACACGUUUUAAACAUGGAUUUAAAUGAACCUGCUGAAGCCUGCUGUACUUCCACAGGCAGGGUGCUCUGGUGCCUUGGAGUUCUUAUUUCUAAAGCUAGUCGCUCAAAGACAGAGAAACUAUAUCCCGUUCACUGAACUGAGGGAUGAGACGCAGACUGCUAGUCACAUCAAAUGAUCAGCCGUUUGAAUCACUUGAUCCCGCGUACAGCUCUCCAGUAACUCCUCUGAUGGAGCUCUCAGAAUCUCCUCCAGUACAUGACUGACCAUCAGACCCUGUGUGCACCGGCGGCCUCUCUCAUACAGCCGUGCACCGCAACACGUCGCUGCCGCGCUGUCCCGCUGCCUGCCUGACCAGAACCUGACCACAGCUCCCCCUGGUCUUCAGGUGCUAGUCGUGGUGGGUAUUUACGCACUAGAUCCCGCAGGCCCGGUGAAGCAACCACACUGGCGACUCCACCUGCAGCCUCGGACGUGCUCCCGAGACAACUGCUCCGGCCACUUUCACACCACACUGCCCGACCCCGGCGAACCCCAAAGGGAAUCCGCCCUUCAGCCUAACCGGGACAGAGCAGCAGCAACCUACGCCCGUCACCGACAAUCACCCGCAGAGAAACACGUCAGCCCACUCACCAGACCACGUGUCCCCAAAACUACGCCGCUCAUUCAUAUAAAAAACGAGGCGCGCAGCUGACUCGGCGUGUGACGUCACGCUACACUCACACACAUUACCUGAUGACCGCACUCUUUGACAAAAAUCGCAGUCUCCGCCCAUCAAGUCAUUCACAACCGCGGAACACACAAAACGUGGAUCUGACGAGCCGGCCUCAAAAACACUGUGUCAAGGAGGGAGACGACGAAUACUGACAUUUACAGACAUGUAACAAGAUGGCAACCACAUCGUGAGUCCAGAAACAAAGGGACGCUCUCACCGGGAGUCAGGGAGCCGACCUCGUCCCUCAGAGAGCGAGAGAGGAACACGAAUGAAGUCAUGCUUCUUACUGAUUGUAGCCGACGUCACAUCCACCUGCAGCUCAGGGAGAAGAGGAACAGGGACCCCUGGUGUCCAGGUGAGGCUGGAGGGGCUCAUCACAAACCUGUCAGGACAGGGGCUGGGGCAACCACUGAGAUUGAUGGGUCUGCAGAAACAGUGUUGGGAUUCAGGAGUGUACGUCAGCUCACACACAAAACUAUACAAUUGUUGGUGUUUUUUUACUCUUUUGUUUAUUCUGUGUAAAUUACUGUGUGGAAUCAGACAAGGAUGUUUUACAUAUUUUUUUUGCAAUAAACCCCACAAGACAUAAAUAUAUGAUACACAAACAGAUUGACAUUUUAUUGAGCGGGGAGGACAUAAAAACAGAUCUGAUUGUCAAACAAAAACUUUACAGACAUGUUAGAGUAUAUGUCUGGUGUUACUUUAUAUUUUCACAUCAACAGAUUCAAUGAAAAGAACAAAACCCGUCAAAGCAUUCUCUUCCAAUACUUCCUGACUUGCCUCCACACUCUUUGGUCAACUAUUAGGGGAACAAUGUACAUUUACUUAUAUUUUGCCACAAUAAGAGGAUGACAUACUGCAU